UUUCCCGGCGUGCACUGCGCGCAACGGUCGCUCCCGCGCGGGAGGUCGCCAUGGAGGCGCGUUCGGAGGGAUGCCGUCGGCUCCGGUCCGAGGAGAGGCGGCGGAGAGCGGCGGGGCUGGAGACUUCUCUCACCGGAUCCUUCCUUACAGCAGAUGGAGGUGCUCCAGAACCUCACCCUGGAGAGAAGAAAGAUCUUGAGGAACCUCCAAAGCCAACUGACCUUGCUGCUGUAAGUCAGGAGAAUGUUACUCCUGAAGCAGCUGCAGGAAAAACAUCUCGUGAGAGCCCAAGUCCUGAGAAACGCCAAAACACCAGCAGUUCUCAAACCAAACGCGGCUCUUGGCGUCGGUCGAGCCUGAAGGGGACGAAACGCCGGAAAUCUCUGCCUCCUUUUCAUGAGGAUGUUACAGCGCUGAGCCAAGCUAUCAGCCUGGACCUGCCAGAAACAGAACGCCUCUCUAUGCUGCUCUUAUCCAGCUUCCAGUUCUCUGCACAGAAACUCGAGCACAUCUUGGAGCAGACAGAAGGCUUCAGUCCCGAGGCUUUCAAAGCCAACGUGAGUUCAGUUUCAGAAGACCUGAAGAGAUACAUAGAGAAACUGAAGCUGGAUGGAACCCUGCAGAGCUGCGUGGAGAAAGCUGAAGGGGAUCCCUCGGACUCUGUUUCGGAUGAAUCGGUGUGCAAAGCAAAGGAGUGCAUUGCCAGGUUUUCAGCUGAAUGCCAGGCGUGGGAUGAACUCCUGCAGCGCUACCAGAAGGAUGCAGAGGAAACAUCCAGGCAGCUGGAGGAGUGCAGGAGCAAACAGGGCCGGGAAGAGCCUCCCAAUUACCUGCAGACAUCGCAGGCCGAGGUGCUCAGCACCAAACCUAAUUACCAGAGGAUGCUGGAUGAGCAGGGAGAGGUGCUGAGCUGCAUGGAGCUGGUGCUCGAUGAAAUGCAGCAGGCGGCGAAAUUGGUGCGGGCUUUCAGUGAGGACAGCAGGGAGUACCUGCGGGGGCUGUCUGAGCAGCUGGCCGCACGGACCUUCCGCCAGCUGGAAAACUCACCGGUGCGGAAGCUGAUCGCAGCCCCGGGCCGGAAAGCACCGCCGGAGGGCUGAACGGAGCUGAAUGCGGCGCUGCGGGUGCGGCGCUCCCAAUAAACGGCCCCGAGUGGGCGAAGUGCG